AAGAAGGCCAUCGCCAGUAGACGCCCCAUGGAAACGCAGUACCGCGCCCUCUUCCGCUGGCCGCAGCCCUGCAAGAACGUCCAGCUUGCGGGCUCCUUCAACAACUGGGGCGACAAGAUUGACAUGGAGAAGGGCGAGGACGGGACGUACUCGAUCGUGCUCGAGCUGCCCGUGGGCCUCCACACGUUCAAGUACUUUGUCGACGACGUCUCAUGGAAGUACAACCCCGAGUCGGCCUUUGCCCCGGACGAGUUUGGGAAUCUCAACAACUUUAUCAUGAUUGUCGCCAAGGACGGGAUCCAGGCGCCGCUCGAGACCAUGAUCCGCUCCGACGACGAGAGCAGCCUUCCGACGAUGAACCCGGUCGCGUCCGUCGCGUCCAAGGCCGUGCGCCUCCACCCGAGCUCGUCCAACUCGUCGUCGCCUGGCCUCCGCCCGCUCUCGCCCAAGCUCGUUGCGUCGCCGCUGCUCUUGACCAAGAAGAAGAUGGUCGUUGGGGCCGCGCCGCCCCUUGCGCGCAAGGCGUCGACGACCGACGACUCGGAGUAUGGCCUCAACGUCACGGACGAGACGUCGCGCGCGGCGCGGUCCGGCUCGAUCACGCGCUCCAAGAGCGCCGAGUCGCUCCCGAAGCUCGACGAAGCCGAGAUCAUUGACCCGAAGAAGCUCUUCGCCGCGCCCAAGCUGCCCCAAGCCGUCGUGCGUGAGUAUAGCACCAACAGCGUUCUCCUCGCCGCCCGCACCCAGCAUUUUGGCGGCGAUCUGGUGACGCAAGAACACCAAGAGCGCGAAAAGAUGGGCGGUCAUCGCUCGUUCAUUGCAGCGCCAAGCGUGACGGUCGGGGCCAUGGACCCGCGCCCGCAGCGCAACGGCAAGCUCAUGAUCGUCUUGGUCGGUCUUCCGGGCCGCGGCAAGACGUUCAUUGGCCACAUUCUGGCGCGCCACUUGACGUGGAUGGGCCACACGACGCGUGUGUACAACACGAGCGAGUACCGCCGCGAGUACGUGGGCGCGGGUAUCAAGCACGACUUUUGGAACCCAGAAAACACGGCCGACUACCAAAAGCGCGCCGAGAUUUCGAAAAAGUGCCUCAGCGACGCGCUUGAUGCGCUCACGAGCGACGCGUGCACGUGCGUGGUGUUUGACGCGACGAACGCGACGCUCGAGCGCCGCCACUACAUUCGCGAAGAAGUCGCGCGCCGGUCGCGCUGUGAGAUGCUCUUCAUCGAGUCGAUCUGCGACGAUCCAGAUCUGAUUGCGAUCUCCAUCAACGAGAUCAAGCUCAACUCGAAGGACUACGAGAAGAACACGCUCGAAGAGGUCAUUGUCGACUACAACCAGCGCAUUGGGCACUACCACUCGAUCUACAAGCCGCUCGAAGACACGGAGGCGUGCUCGUACAUCAAGGUCAUUGACGUGGGCCGGCAAAUGUUCUGCAACCAAGUCUACGGCUACCUCCAGUCCCGCAUCAUGUUUUUGAUGGCGAAUCUCCAGAUCCGUCCGCGCCCGAUCUGGCUCAGUCGCCACGGCCAGAGCAUGUACAACACGCAGGGCAAGAUUGGCGGCGACUCGCUUCUGAGUCCCCACGGCGCCAUGUACGCGCAGCAGCUCGACAAGUUUAUCAUCGCCAACUACCCGGAGGACACGCGGCUGAGCGUGUGGACGUCGACGAUGGCGCGGACGGGCCAGACGGUCGAGCGCAUUGCGGCGCGCGGCCGCACGGUCGUCAAGUGGAAGCAGCUCGACGAGAUUGACGCGGGCAUCUGCGACGGCCUCACGUACCCGCAGGUGGCCGAGCGCUACCCGGACGAGUACCUCGCGCGCAAGCAAAACAAGCUCCACUACCGGUACCCGCGCGGCGAGUCGUACCAAGACGUGAUCCACCGCCUGGAGCCGGUCAUUACGGAGCUCAUGCGCCUCGACCGCCCCGUGCUCAUCGUCGCCCACCAAGCGAUUCUCCGCGUCUUGUACGCGUACUUGACCAACAAGUCGCCGGAAGAGUGCCCGACGAUCGACAUCCCGCUGCACGUCGUGAUCCAGCUCACGCCCAAGGCCUACCACUGCGAAGAGGUGUGGCACCACCCCAUGUAAAACCCGGCGGCCUUGGCAAACCGAGACCACACGCUAUAUGAACACACAAGCACACGCUGCUGUUUUG